UUUCUUUUGCUGUUGUGUAGUGCAAAAUGACUGACAACGUGCCCGUCGCCGAGCUUGGAAAAUUGGAUUUGAACCAGCAAAAGGCAUGAUUUUGUACCAUUUUUCAUUAAAAUUUGCGAAAAUAACUAGUAUGCCCGACAAUGAGACUUUUGCCAAUGCUGACUGGGCUCAACCGCGUUGUGAAUUUGCGGUACAAUUUCGGUAGUAGUUUGCUAGUGCUGCGUCAACCGAUACAGAAAUUGCAACAAAAACAAACUCAACAUCUCUUUGGGUGCCAGUAUGCUACUCUGGCAGGCAAGAUGAAGAAAGAGAAACAGAAAAAUCAACAAGAGAAAGGAAACGGAGUUACCUCGCCAGCUGCUUCAGCUGAGAGAACCCUGCCCGAGUUUAUCGAUGAACGCAUCAAACUGUACGAUGAACUGAAGGCCCAGUAUUUGGAUGAAUUGGCCAAAAAGCCGAAAAAUCCCAUUAAGGUGAUCCUACCCGAUGGAAAGGAAGUGAGCGCCACGAGCUGGGAAAGUACUCCGUACGAUGUUGCUAAGGGUAUUAGUCAGGGAUUAGCCGACAAUACGGUCAUUGCUCGUGUGAACAACGAACUCUGGGAUCUGGACCGUCCACUGGAAGGUGACUGCAAGCUACAGCUGCUGAAGUUUGAUGAUCCUGAUGCGCAGGCUGUAUUCUGGCACAGCUCAGCACAUAUUCUCGGCGAGGCGAUGGAGAAGCGCUACGGUGGUCAUCUCUGCUACGGACCACCAAUCGAAAACGGAUUCUACUAUGACAUGUUCCUGGAAGGUAGCGGUAUUUCCAAUCAAGACUACGGAGUGUUGGAAAGUGAAGUUAAGAAAAUUGUUAAGGAAAAGCAACAGUUUGAGAGAUUGGAGAUGAAAAAAUCCGACUUGCUGAAGAUGUUCGAGUAUAAUCAGUUCAAAGUUCGUAUUCUGAAUGAAAAGGUCACAACGGAUACAACCACUGUGUAUCGGUGUGGUUCUCUUAUCGAUCUAUGUCGCGGGCCACAUGUUCGACAUACAGGAAAGGUUAAGGCUUUAAAAGUCGUUAAAAAUUCUUCCACUUACUGGGAAGGUAAGGCUGAUGCUGAAACUUUGCAGCGAGUCUAUGGAAUCUCGUUCCCUGAUCCUAAGCAAUUGAAGGAAUGGGAAAAGAUUCAAGAGGAAGCCGCAAAACGAGAUCACCGAAAGUUGGGCAGGGAGCAGGAACUGUUCUUUUUCCAUGAACUCUCGCCUGGAUCUUGUUUCUUUCAGCCGAAAGGGGCACAUAUUUAUAAUUCGCUGAUGAAUUUUAUUCGUGCAGAAUACCGUAAGCGUGGAUUCCAAGAAGUAAUUUCUCCUAACAUCUAUAACGCAAAGCUUUGGCAAACCUCUGGUCACUGGCAACAUUAUGCUGAAAAUAUGUUCUCAUUCGAGAGUGAAAAGGAAACUUUCGCAUUGAAACCUAUGAACUGUCCCGGGCAUUGCUUGAUCUUUGAUCACCGUAACCGAUCUUGGCGAGAAUUACCACUGCGCAUGGCUGAUUUCGGUGUUUUACACAGAAACGAGCUGUCUGGUGCUUUGACUGGUUUGACACGGGUUCGUCGGUUCCAACAGGAUGAUGCUCACAUCUUCUGUAUGCCGGAACAAAUCCGUGAAGAGAUCUUUGGUUGUUUAGACUUUUUGCGUCACGUUUAUGGCAUAUUUGGAUUCUCCUUUAACUUAGUUUUAUCAACACGUCCAGAGAAGUACCUAGGCGAUGUUGAGGUUUGGAAUGAAGCUGAGAAGGCGCUAGCAGAAUCGUUGGAUAAGUUCGGUCAACCUUGGAAAGAAAAUCCUGGAGAUGGUGCUUUUUAUGGACCAAAAAUCGAUAUAACUAUUAUGGAUGCUCUUAAGCGUAACCAUCAGUGCGCCACAAUACAAUUAGACUUCCAAUUACCCAUUCGGUUCAAUUUGAAUUACGUUGACGACACGGGAGAAAAGAAACGUCCAGUUAUCAUUCAUCGAGCGGUACUUGGCUCCGUUGAACGUAUGAUUGCUAUUCUUACCGAGAACUAUGCUGGAAAAUGGCCGUUUUGGUUAUCACCGAGACAAAUUAUGGUAGUACCAGUUGGUCCUCCGUACGAUGAAUAUGCCAACAAAGUUCGCCAGCGUUUGUUCGAUGCUGGUUUCAUGGCUGAGGCUGAUCUGGAUGCCGGAGACACUAUGAACAAAAAGAUCCGUAAUGCACAGCUUGCGCAGUAUAAUUUCAUUCUUGUUGUUGGUGAAAAGGAGCGUAAUUCUGAGACCGUCAAUGUGCGUACUCGCGACAACAAAGUUCACGGUGAAGUUUCCGUCGACGAGCUGGUAAAAAAGCUGCGAAAACUUGCGGAUGAGUACACCCUGGAAGAGGACAAGUUCUAAAAGGCAAUGAGACCAGAGGCGAUUUGGAAAGUUUCUUCUAGCAUUUAGUUCUGUGUAAAAUGAGUUGAACAGAGUAUGGAUUAAAUAAUAUUUGCAUUACACACCUGUUUCAAUAAUUUAUUAUCCUUAAAUUGCUUGGCUCAAAGUCGUUUUCUGGAAUAAAGUAUUCAAUAGUUUA